AUGAAAAUCGGUGAUCAGGAUAAAGCUUGGGCCCCUCACAAGGUGUGCAAGCAGUGUGUCGAGAGUUUACGAAUGUGGAUUAAGGGAACACGUGAUAAAAUGCCAUUUGCUGAAAUCCCAGUGCCAGUUUUCGAAGAGCUACCCCUAUCAGAACUACAAGAAAGCGUGUGUGAUGAUGAUUCAAGUGACUCCAACGAUGAAGACUUUGAAAUUGAAGACGACUCUGCUCGAAAGGGAUUUGAUCAGAAUGAGUUGAAUGAUUUGGCACGAGAUUUGGGACUAUCCAAAAAAGCUUCAGAGCUGAUGGCAUCCAAACUGUAUGAGAAGAACUUGCUUGAAAAAGCAGCUACGGUAGUAGCUGUCAUCCCAGUGACGCAACAGUUAGCGCAACCUUUGCAUUUGCCUGUAGCAAGUUCAGCAGUUUGUUUUACCGGUGCCUAUGAGACGUCCAAGAAGAAAAUACCACCUUGUCCGCUGACUACACGACGUCGCGCACUGCAAAUAUCUGAUGGUAUCGAACAUAUUGGCAAUAUUCGCUGGGAAUUGGCGGGAACUCUGCUACUGGUGUGGAUUCUAUGCUACUUCUGUAUAUGGAAAGGAGUAAAAUGGACAGGCAAAGUUGUUUACUUCACUGCAUUAUUUCCAUACGUCUUGCUAACUGUAUUACUUAUUCGUGGUAUAACCCUUCCAGGGGCAUUAGAGGGAAUAAAGUUUUACGUGAUACCUAAUUUUUCAAAACUUACGGAAUCAGAAGUAUGGAUUGAUGCGGUUACACAAAUUUUCUUCUCUUAUGGACUUGGACUUGGAACAUUAGUAGCGCUUGGCAGCUAUAAUAAAUUUACAAAUAAUGUCUACAAAGAUGCUUUAAUUGUAUGUACGGUUAAUUCAAGUACAAGCAUGUUCGCUGGAUUUGUGAUAUUCUCCGUUGUGGGUUUUAUGGCAAACGAGCAGCAAAGGCCGGUUGCAGAAGUAGCUGCAUCUGGUCCUGGUUUGGCAUUUUUGGUAUAUCCAUCAGCAGUGUUACAACUACCAGGUUCACCCUUAUGGUCUUGUCUUUUCUUUUUUAUGUUACUUCUUAUUGGGCUUGAUUCACAAUUCUGUACAAUGGAAGGUUUCAUUACUGCUAUAAUCGAUGAAUGGCCACAAUUGUUACGCAAACGUAAAGAAAUAUUUAUUGCUGUCGUGUGCACCCUGAGUUAUCUUGUUGGUCUCACAUGUAUUUCUCAAGUAAGUGUAUUACUAUUUAACUAAAGUAUUCAUAGUGCG